CCUUCUUGUUUUACCAAUUAAUCCUCAUCUCUAUCUAUUCUCCAAAAGCAAUGGCACAAAAUGCUCCUAAUUAUGCACAACUCCAUCAAAUCAAAUAUGUAAAACUUGUAUACCAUUACUUAAUAUCAAAUGCAAUUUAUCUCCUCAUUGUGCCAAUUCUUGUUGCCAUGCUACUUCAUCUUUCAACUCUUACUAUUGAAGACCUCAUGAACCAUUUUACCAUGUUGAUGUCUUGUUCAACUCUUGUUGUUUUCUUAGCCACGGUAUACUUGAUGAGUCGUCCAAGAAACGUUUACCUGGUUGAUUUUUCGUGUUACAAGCCCCAUGAACGUUUUAUGAUGUCUAAACAACUUACGAUAGAAAACAUGUCGAAAAUAUUUGAUGAUGAGAGUUUAAUCUUUCAAAAGAAAAUUUUGGAGAGGUCAGGUUUGGGUGAUAAGACGUACAUUCCAAUUGAUACGAUUCCGUUUAAAUAUACGUUUAGUAGUUACCUAAAUGAAGCAGAGGAGGGAAUAUUUGGUGCCAUAGAUGAUCUGUUAGCGAAAACAAGAGUGAAGAUUCGAGAUAUUGGGAUUAUUAUUGUGAAUUCUUCUUUGUUUAAUCCAUCGCCUUCGCUUUCUUCCAUGAUUGUGAACCAUUACAAACUUGGAGUUAAUGUGAUUACUUAUAACCUUGGUGGCAUGGGCUGCAGUGCUGGACUCAUUUCUGUCGAUUUAGCUAACCGGCUUUUACAGGGGCAAGCUAAUGAUACGUAUGCACUUAUAGUAAGCGCGGAAAUAGUGUCAAGGGGUUUCUAUAUAGGGAAGCAGAGAUCAAGGCUUUUACCAAAUUGUCUUUUCCGUAUGGGUUCAUCUGCUAUUCUUCUUUCAAACCGUUCAUCAGAUCGUAGAUGCUCUAAAUAUCAACUGAUGCACGUUGUCCGCACCCAUAAUGGUGCGGAUGACAGAGCUUAUAGAUGUGUCUACCAAGAAGAGGAUGAGGAUGGAAAGAAAGGCGUAUCAUUGUCAAAAGACUUGAUGGCAGUUGCUGGUGAGGCUUUAAAAACUAAUAUCACAACUCUUGGCCCUUUAGUCCUCCCAAUGUCCGAGCAGCUACUCUUUUUCGCCUCAUUAAUCGCGAGAAAGGUCUUUAAGAGGAAAAUGAAACCAUAUAUCCCUGAUUUCAAGAUGGCGUUCGAGCAUUUCUGUAUACAUGCAGGGGGUAGGGCUGUGCUGGAUGAGCUUCAGAAGAAUCUUGACCUCCCGGAAUUUCUUAUGGAGCCUUCAAGAAUGACUCUUUAUAGAUUUGGAAACACUUCAAGUAGCUCAAUUUGGUACAAUUUGGCCCAUUCCGAGGCGAAAGGGAGAAUAAAGAAGGGUGAUAGAGUAUGGCAAAUUGGUUUUGGAUCAGGCUUCAAAUGUAACAGUGUUGUGUGGCGUGCGUUGAGGACUGUCGAUGCAGACAAAGAAAAGAACCCUUGGACAGAUGAGAUUCAGGAUUUCCCUGUUCAUCGAUCCCAUCUUGAUGCUUAAACAAUAUAUGAUGGUCAAUAACUGAAACUACAGAACAGAAUCAGUAUUGCUAUAUCUAUUUUGCACCUAAAAUUUUGUAGUUUUAGUCAUGUGGAGCAUCAAUAAGACUUGACAAAGACAAUGAUGAUGAUGAAGUGGAGGCUUGCAUCUAGAGCAGUAGACAGUGGAGUGUUAAACUUGCUUUACUAGGGUUUAAGCAUGCUAGCUGGUGUCUUUGUCCGUUGUUUAUUGUAUUUCGAUUUAAAGUAUUUGCUAAUAUUUGUAUUGCUUCCCUUGUUAGUUGCUAUGUCUUUUUUUUUUUCACACUGUUUUGUUGUUGUUUAAUCUCAUAACAAAAUGUAGAAAAGACAAAUUCUCUUCAAUUGAUGGCAUCUUUGUUACCA